CGGGAAACAGUCUGCAGCAACACGGACAAGAAGACCUUCCCAUAACGAUCCAACAAACUUCACAGGCGUUUUAACAGCCAUCUGGGAUUGUCCUUUGUUGUUGUAUUAGGAUGCUUUUCCGAUCCGUAGUCGCUAGAGGAGUGGGCAGACGGAGGCAGACUGCUCUGUCUGCAGAUCUCGUCCCCCGCAUUCCUCUGAUCUCUCUGCUCGGCAGUUACCGGUGCGUCCGACACGAUGAGCACAUCUCCUAUGGGAAUACGGGGGACACAGUGCCACCGUUUGGAUUGGCUUUCUCCUCAGCUAGGGAUAUGCAGAACAUUUUGGCAGCAGCUAAUGAAGAAGGCAUCGUUCGGAUCUACAACACAGAGAGCCGUGGAAAUCCUCUUCUCAAAGAGUGGCUGGCUCAUGAAAAUGCAGUCUUUGACAUUGCAUGGGUACCAGGAGAGCCACAAUUGGUUACUGCUGCAGGGGACCAGACAGCCCGGCUUUGGGACGUGAAGUCUGGGGAGCUGUUGGGAAGCUUUAGGGGCCAUCUUUGCAGCCUCAAGUCUGUGGCAUUCACGGCUGAAGAAAAAGCUGUAUUCUGCACUGGAGGUAGAGAUGGAAAUAUCAUGGUCUGGGACACCAGGUGCAGCAAAAAAGAUGGGUUUUAUAGACCCGUGAACCAGAUCAGCGGUGCUCAUCACAAAGCAGAGGCGAACCCCUCCUCUAAGACCAAGAAGAGGCGGAGCAGCUUGCGCGGCAUGGCUCCGAGUGUGGACACCCAGCAGAGUGUUACAGUAGUUCUGUUUCGGGAUCAGCACACGCUCAUCUCUGCAGGAGCUGUCGAUGGGGUGAUUAAAAUGUGGGAUUUGAGGAAGAACUACGUUGCACACCGCCACGAGCCCUUACCUCUGCAGACGUAUCCCUACGCCGGGUCCUGCACACGCAUGCGUCUGGGCUAUUCUGGACUGGUUUUGGAUUCCUCUAGAUCCAAUGUCAUGUGCAACUGCACGGAUGACAGCAUCUAUAUGUUUAAUGUCUGCGGAGUGAAACGGACUCCAGUGGCGGUUUUCAGUGGCCACCAGAACUCCUCGUUUUAUGUGAAGUCCUCCAUCAGCCCCGACGACCAGUUCCUGGCCAGCGGCUCCAGUGACAACCACGCGUACAUGUGGAAGAUCUCUGACCCCCAACAUCCUCCCAUGAUGCUCCAGGGUCACAGCGAGGAAGUGACAUCAGUUGUGUGGUGCCCAACAGAUUUCACUAAGAUUGCCUCCUGCUCUGAUGACCACACUGUACGGAUUUGGCGGCUUCACCGGGAAGCUCAUGGAGCUCAGACAUCUGUGGCAGAUCCUAACCUGGUUGGCUGGGCACGACCUAAAUCUCCAAGGCCCCUAGUCAGGGCCGAGUCAACCCCUGCCAAGAGCCAGAGGUCCGAGAGUUUUGGUGGUCUCACCUCACCCCAGCUCGCUGCCUGUGCCCCCAGCGGCGCCGCCCUACCUCUCCCCUCUAGCACUACAUCGCACAGCCCCUCUCAGAGGCCCGUUGUCCGUCAGAGGACGCCGUGUUCCAUCAAACAGUGGUUAUCUCCCACACAUGGAUCUCCUGGUCAGAUCACCCCUCCAUCCCGUCGGGUUCUGAUCCCCCAGAGUCCAGUCAGCGGCACAUCCACAGGAGAACGACGAGCCAAACGCAGACUGGACACUAGUGAUGGUUCUCCGGACUGUGAGGAGCAGUGCGACUGCGUUACAGAACUCCACCCUGUGGCCAAGAGAAGCCGCAGCGUUCCCAGCGUCUGCUGUUCCGCUCAGGAUUCCCCGCCACGGACGGCCCGCCACCCAUCUAAUCUCAAUCAAGCUUCACCAAAACAGGCUGGAAAAGAGAACUGCUGUCCACAGGCAAGGAACUGGCUGUCAGAGAUGGGUCAGAAGAUGAGGAAGGGUCAGGGAAGACUCCAGAGUCCCAGCAACAACAGGAAGCAAGACGUUCAAACACCAGCUACUUCAACCAUGCGCUCCCCACAGACCAUGAAGAAAAUCUCCAUGUAUUUUGCUAAAGCCCCUCUGGACUGACCAGUUUGAGUGUUUGUUUGUUUUUUUAGCUUCAAGGUAUUUUUAUGUGGUUAGACAGAAAGUAAAUCGUUAACAUGGGGUGCAUAAACGAUCUAAGAUCCAAAGAACAGUUUUGUUUUGUUUUUUUUGUCUUAUUUUGCCAUUUUGUAUUCUCUGUUGCUGUCUAGAAUUUCUAUAUAAAACAUUUCUAUAUCUGCCAUUUUAUUCUAAACAAACGCCUUAAGAGAUGCUUCAGCACUGAAUCCAAGAGAACACAGUUGAUGGGCUCAUCUGCAGGAUUUGUAUAUUUAUGUGCUAAAUUCUGCAAAAAUGUUAUUUUCUAUCAAAAUGUUAGCUAAACAGAUUCAAGCAAACCAUUCAUGUCAGUAUUUUUUUAACUGCAUGGUUUCAACAUUUUCUUUUAAUGUAAUAUCGUUCAUUUGUAAAAGUUUUCUUUGGUUUAUCUGUAUUUAAAUGCUUUGGUCAAAUUGCCUUGAAUUUUAAAGGGUGUUGAUACUUUUA